CGGCUGUAGAUGGUCUGCCGUCGUUAGUUAGCACACCUUGAGAUUUUUUUUUUGUUUUGCUUAUUUGAGAGAGAAAAAUGGGAAGCACGGUGAUGGAGUCCAGCAAGGAGAGCUCAAAGAAAAAGAAGAGGAGAAGUCUGCGGAUUAACAUGCCAGACUUUGGUGCGUUUACUUCCCCACAAGUGCAGACGAGCGGCUCGACCAAAAGUGACGCUCAGACGGGUGAACGUCGAAUCCGUUCAGCCAGCCCCAUCAAAGGAGUUUCUGCGAGGAGCCCGCCCAGCACCUCUCUGCCCCAGUGUCCUCAGUCUGCUCCAGUGCAAGUGAGGGCCAGCUCAGGUUCCCCCAAAACUAUCUUCCCUUAUCCCUCCCAUCAGGACUCCCCACCCAAGUCCCCUCGCCGCCUCAGCUUCAGUGGUAUCUUCCGCUCCUCAUCCAGCUCCACACCUGCAGGCAUCAAGAUCUUCUCCAGGACCAGGAGAGCCUCCGGACUCUCCACUCCCCCCACCACCCCAACCCAGGCGUCCAGCCAACCUGUGUUCACCCAGGAGGCCCAGCCGAGCGGGCCCAGCCCUGAACGCCUGGAGGCAAUGUCUCGGUCACGCUCCAUCUCCACACCUCUAGAAACAGGACACCGCCUCAGCCUUCCCUCUGCUAAACCCCCCAUCCCUUCAUCGAGCCCUGUGCCAUCUUACUCUACCUCGCAACAAGUCUACGGUUUAUUCGAAGGCAUGCUGGAGAAACUUGAACUAGAUGAUGAUGCUGCUGAACCGGAGAGUGAUAUUUACAUGCGCUUCAUGAAAUCACACAAGUGCUACGACAUCGUCCCCACAAGCUCCAAGCUGGUUGUGUUCGACACGGCGCUCCAAGUUAAGAAAGCAUUCUUUGCCUUGGUAGCCAAUGGCGUGCGAGCCGCUCCACUAUGGGACACGGAGAAGCAAAGCUUUGUGGGGAUGCUGACAAUCACAGAUUUCAUCAUCAUACUACACAGAUACUAUAAGUCACCAAUGGUGCAAAUAUAUGAAUUAGAGGAACAUAAGCUUGAGACGUGGAGAGAGGUUUAUCUUCAAGCAACAUUCAAACCUCUGGUCAACAUAUCACCUGAUGCAAGCCUGUUUGAUGCAGUGUACACCCUCAUCAAAAACAAAAUUCACCGCCUGCCUGUCAUCGACCCCAUCACGGGGAAUGCACUUUAUAUUCUCACACACAAGAGGAUCCUCAAGUUCCUCCAGCUUUUUAUGUGUGAAAUGCCAAAGCCAGCUUUUAUGAAGCAGACUCUCGGGGAGCUGGGCAUUGGUACGUACCAUGACAUCGCUUUCAUCCACCCAAACACGCCCAUCAUCAAAGCACUCAACAUUUUUGUGGAAAGACGAGUGUCGGCCCUGCCUGUGGUUGACGAGUCGGGCAAAGUUGUGGAUAUUUACUCCAAGUUUGAUGUGAUUAACUUGGCUGCUGAGAAGACGUACAACAACUUGGACAUUACAGUGACGCAGGCUCUGAAACAUCGCUCCCAGUACUUCGAAGGAGUCAUGAAGUGCCAUAAAAUGGAAACAAUGGAGACCAUUGUGGACAGAAUAGUCAAAGCUGAAGUUCAUCGGUUGGUGGUGGUGGACGAGCGCUCCAGUAUCGAGGGUAUCGUCUCCCUGUCAGACAUCCUCCAGGCCCUGGUGCUCAGCCCUGCAGAUGCCUGUAAGGAGGAAAACCUGACCGAGUGAGAGGGAGGAAGCAUCAGCUGGAGUCGAGACGUGGUGGGAGAAUAAGAGAAAAAGUUUCAAUGUUGUGAUGAGGGAGUGCGAGGCUAAGUGGAGCCAGUCCGAAGGUCCCAGAGACGCCUGCAACUGAUGCACUAUAUAGAGGUUUGCAAACCAAAGAGCUAGACAGCUGAAUGAAGUGGAGUUCCUGCACUGAGGAUUGAUUUUCCGAGUGUUUCUUCUUCUUUGUUUUUUUUCCUUUUUUGUUUGAACACUGAUCAGAUGUGCACACACAAACACACACACACACACACACACACAGUAUACUGUAUUUAUACACACCGAUGCAUACAGAGAUGCAUUGUGGUCACCUGCCAGGGAAAGGUGGUAAAGUCGAACUGGUUCUGAUGAUUUAGGGCUUCAGUGUUUUGGGUUGUGUAGUCACAAUCAUGCUGCUGUCAUCAGUUGAUUUUUAGUCACAUUUUGUAGUCGAUACUGAAUGUCAUCACCUGGAAAACUUUUCAGUAUUUGGCUUAUUGAGGUGAACACUCACAGAUGCAACUUACUAUUUGGUAGAAAACUACACAUCACCUACGAUGUGGCCAUUUUAUGACUGUUGUUAAAAAAACUGAUUUGCCAGUGCCAAUAUGGAGGGAUUGAUGCCCAAUCUUUAUUUGUGCCUUUGUUGCCCUGCCCACACCUCACAGUAUUUGUGUCCUUUGACUUUUUAUUGUUAAAUGAGUGCAAUUAUUGGGAUUAUUUUUAAACAGUAAAGAUAUUAAUGUGUAAUAUUAAAGUAGUUGGCUAAUUCAGUUUUCUACUUGUAAGUAAAAGAAACGAUUUCCCUUAAUUUGGUUGCAUUUUCUGUGACUUUAAAGCAUUUAUCAGAAAAGCAUUUCUGUGAAAUAGACAUUUCUCCUCAGAGAAAAUCCAAAAUAAAAUCAUCAUGGCGCAAAAACACGUUGUGGUCAGAGGCAGAUACAACUGUACGUCAGUAAGGAUUCAAUCAGCCGUGGACUUCUCACUUGUUUUACAUCAGUAGUCAUUCAACAUCACAUGCAUUUUUGUAACCGUAUCACAAGACCGGAAAAUGUCAUUUUCGAUGUCUUUUUAUUUUAUUUUUACAUUUACUUUCAGUUGUUUUGACGCUUCAGAUAAUCUAACAACGAAACAACUCGGUUAUCUCAGCUGUAGCUCAACAGGACUCAUCUCCAUCUUUGACUGUAAAUAGUAUCGUUUUCGGGAAACGUGUCACAUAAAGCUUUAUUUUUAUGAAUGUGUCAACAUGUUUAAAGAGACUGCGGUUUUAAUGUUAUUUUUGUAAAUAUAUUGUGGCAAUAUGUCCGGUUCAAAGAGACUUUGUAUCUGAUCAACAUGUACUGUAAAUGUGCAAGCAUGAGAAAAUACACUUCAGCAGUAUGAAUGUCCUUGUUUUACUUUUUCUAUUUUUCUGGCUGCACAAAAAUAAAUGGACACUGAAUGUACUUUAAA